CGCGGCCGAGCGGGGGUGCUGCGCGGCGGCCGUGAUGGCUGGUGGCGGCGGGGCCGGGCAGGGGACCGGGGCCGCGGCCCCGGAGAGGGCCAGCUGCCCGGAGCCCUGAAUCACCGCCUGGCCCGACUCCACCAUGAACGUCGCGCUGCAGGAGCUGGGAGCUGGCAGCAACAUGGUGGAGUACAAACGGGCCACGCUUCGGGAUGAAGACGCACCCGAGACCCCCGUAGAGGGCGGGGCCUCCCCGGACGCCAUGGAGGUGGGCAAGGGGGCUUCCCCUUUCUCACCAGGCCCCAGCCCUGGCAUGACGCCUGGCACACCCAGGAGCUCUGGGCUGUUCUGGAGGGUCACCUGCCCCCACCUCCGCUCCAUCUCUGGCCUCUGCUCUAGGACUAUGGUGGGAUUCCAGAAGGGGACAAGACAGCUGUUAGGCUCACGCACGCAGCUGGAGCUGGUCUUAGCGGGUGUCUCUCUACUGCUGGCUGCACUGCUUCUGGGCUGCCUUGUGGCCCUCGGGGUCCAGCACCACAGAGACCCAUCCCACAGCACCUGCCUUACAGAGGCUUGCAUUCGAGUGGCUGGAAAAAUCCUGGAGUCCCUGGACCGAGGGGUGAGCCCCUGUGAGGACUUUUACCAAUUCUCCUGUGGGGGCUGGAUUCGGAGGAACCCCCUGCCCGAUGGGCGUUCUCGCUGGAACACCUUCAACAGCCUCUGGGACCAAAACCAGGCCAUACUGAAGCACCUGCUUGAAAACACCACCUUCAACUCCAGCAGUGAAGCUGAGCGGAAGACACAGCGCUUCUACCUAUCUUGCCUACAGGUGGAGCGCAUUGAGGAGCUGGGAGCCCAGCCACUGAGAGACCUCAUUGACAAGAUUGGUGGUUGGAACAUUACGGGGCCCUGGGACCAGGACAACUUUAUGGAGGUGUUGAAGGCAGUAGCAGGGACCUACAGGGCCACCCCAUUCUUCACCGUCUACAUCAGUGCCGACUCUAAGAGUUCCAACAGCAAUGUUAUCCAGGUGGACCAGUCUGGGCUCUUUCUGCCCUCUCGGGAUUACUACUUAAACAGAACUGCCAAUGAGAAAGUGCUCACUGCCUAUCUGGACUACAUGGAGGAGCUGGGGAUGCUGCUGGGUGGGCGGCCCACCUCCACGAGGGAGCAGAUGCAGCAGGUGCUGGAGUUGGAGAUACAGCUGGCCAACAUCACAGUGCCCCAGGACCAGCGGCGCGACGAGGAGAAGAUCUAUCACAAGAUGAGCAUUUCGGAGCUGCAGGCUCUGGCGCCCUCCAUGGACUGGCUUGAGUUCCUGUCUUUCUUGCUGUCACCAUUGGAGUUGAGUGACUCUGAGCCUGUGGUGGUGUAUGGGAUGGAUUAUUUGCAGCAGGUGUCAGAGCUCAUCAACCGAACGGAACCAAGCAUCCUGAACAAUUACCUGAUCUGGAACCUGGUGCAAAAGACAACCUCAAGCCUGGACCGACGCUUUGAGUCUGCACAAGAGAAGCUGCUGGAGACCCUCUAUGGCACUAAGAAGUCUUGUGUGCCGAGGUGGCAGACCUGCAUCUCCAACACGGAUGACGCCCUUGGCUUCGCUUUGGGCUCCCUCUUCGUGAAGGCCACGUUUGACCGGCAAAGCAAAGAAAUUGCAGAGGGGAUGAUCAGUGAAAUCCGGACUGCAUUUGAGGAGGCCCUGGGACAGCUGGUUUGGAUGGAUGAGAAGACCCGCCAGGCAGCCAAGGAGAAAGCAGACGCCAUCUAUGAUAUGAUUGGUUUCCCAGACUUUAUUCUGGAGCCCAAAGAGCUGGAUGAUGUUUAUGAUGGGUACGAAAUUUCUGAAGAUUCUUUCUUCCAAAACAUGUUGAAUUUGUACAACUUCUCUGCCAAGGUUAUGGCUGACCAGCUCCGCAAGCCUCCCAGCCGAGACCAGUGGAGCAUGACCCCCCAGACAGUGAAUGCCUACUACCUUCCAACUAAGAAUGAGAUCGUCUUCCCCGCUGGCAUCCUGCAGGCCCCCUUCUAUGCCCGCAACCACCCCAAGGCCCUGAACUUUGGUGGCAUCGGUGUGGUCAUGGGCCACGAGUUGACACAUGCCUUUGAUGACCAAGGGCGCGAGUAUGACAAAGAAGGGAACCUGCGGCCCUGGUGGCAGAAUGAGUCCCUGGCAGCCUUCCGGAACCACACGGCCUGCAUGGAGGAACAGUACAAUCAAUACCAGGUCAACGGGGAGAGGCUCAAUGGCCGCCAGACGCUGGGGGAGAACAUUGCCGACAACGGGGGGCUGAAGGCUGCCUACAAUGCUUACAAAGCAUGGCUGAGAAAGCAUGGGGAGGAGCAGCAACUGCCAGCCGUGGGGCUCACCAACCACCAGCUCUUCUUUGUGGGAUUUGCCCAGGUGUGGUGCUCAGUCCGCACACCAGAGAGCUCUCACGAGGGGCUGGUGACCGACCCCCACAGCCCUGCCCGCUUCCGCGUGCUGGGCACUCUCUCCAACUCCCGUGACUUCCUGCGGCACUUCGGCUGCCCUGUCGGCUCCCCCAUGAACCCGGGGCAGCUGUGUGAGGUGUGGUAGACCAGGAUCAGGGGAGAAAUGGCCGGCUGUCACCAGACCUGGGGCAGCUCUCCUGACAAAGCUGUUUGCUCUUGGGUUGGGAGGAGGCAAAUGCAAGCUGGGCUGGGUCUAGGUCCUCCCCACCACAGGUGACACGAGUACAGACCCUCCCCAAUCACCACAUUGUGCCUCUGCUUUGGGGGUGCCCCUGCCUCCAGCAGAGCCCCCACCAUUCACUGUGACAUCUUUCCAUGUCACCCUGCCUGGAAGGGGUCUGGGCGGGGAGGCCAGUUCCCAUAGGAAGGAGUCUGCCUCUUCUGGCCCCAAGCUCACUUAGCCUGGCGGCCAUGGGCCUGCCGUGCCGGCCCUACUGUGACCCGCAGGCCUGGGUGGUGUACCUCCUGGGCUUCUCCCCAGGCUCACUCAGUGCGCACUUAGGGGUGGACUCAGCUCUGUCUGGCUCACCCUCAGGGGCUACCCCCACCUCACCCUGUGCUCCUUGUGCCACUGCUCCCAGUGCUGCCGCUGACCUUCACUGACAGCUCCUAGUAGAAGCCCAAGGGCCUCUGAAAGCCUCCUGCUGCCCACCGUUUCCCUGGGCUGAGAGGGGAAGUGCAUAUGUGUAGCGGGUACUGGUUCCUGUGUCUUAGGGCACAAGCCUUAGCAAGUGAUUGAUUCUCCCUGGACCAAGCAGGAAAGCAGAUAGAGCAGGGAAAAGGAAGAACAGAGUUUAUUUUUACAGAAAAGAGGGUGGGAGGGUGUGGUCUUGGCCCUUAUAGGACCCUGUGCCAAUAAAUAGACAUGCAUCCGUCA